AUGCAGAUCAUCCGCAUACUGCGGAGCAACAGCAUCGAGGGGUUGAGUGUGCCGUCGUUUGAGAUGGAGUGUGUGGGCUACACUGUCUCGCUGCUCUUCUGCUGGACGCGCCGCGUACCCUUCAGUGCUUAUGGCGAGCUCUUUUUCCUCGUUCUCCAGUCCCUCAUUCUCAUGCUGCUGAUUUAUUACUAUUCCCCACGGCUGGGCCGCCAGAGAUAUUUAAGGACCGGCAUCUACAUGGGCAUGGUGGCGCUCCUCAUGUCGCCAGCCAUGCGCCCCGGCUGGUUCGAAGCGCUCUAUAACGGGCAAACAGCUCUCUUCACACUCUCGAGACUACCGCAGAUGUGGCAAAACUUUGUAGCAUCCAGCACGGGUCAGCUGAGUCUCACCACCAGUGCCAUGAGCGCAGCAGGGUGUGCGGCCCGAUUCUUCACCAGCAUCCAAGAGAGAGCGCCUUUCAGCACAACCAACCGACAGCUGGGCUGUCUGACUGUCUCUACCCUUUACACUUGUCCGCUCGCAGUGGUGAUAGCGAGCAUGGCUGGCUUCCUGGUUCACGGGGUGCUGCUGGCUCAGAUCCUCGCUUACAGCAAGUCAACAGUCAAAGCAUGA